GAGUGGCGAGUGUGGUGAGGACAGGUGGUGGUGGUGGUGAGGACAGGACGGGAGUGGCAAUGAAAGGUGUGUGGGUGACUGGCUGUAUGAACAGUCACGGACAUUGCCUAAUGCCACGAGAUGCUGCAGGACUUGGCGGUGGGAUGAAUUCCCCAUAUAGUGGAGAGUCUGCCUCUCCCUACUCCUCAGACCAGUCCAUUGGGGUUCCUUCUCCUCCUACAGUGGUUGCUGCCUUCAACCGUCCAUAUGAUGCCAUCCACCAUGAUGGGCCAUACAUCAACAUCCUGGAGCAACCACAGUCCAAGUUUCGAUUCCGUUACAAAAGUGAGAUGGUGGGUACACAUGGACAGCUGAAGGCAGACCGAGCUGAGAAGAACAGAGCUGCCUUCCCUACAGUUAAGCUUUCCAAGUGGAACAGUGGUCCAGCUGUCAUACGCCUCACUCUGUACACUGCUGAGGACAAUAUUAACCAGCGGAAGCGACACGUUCAUGAACUGUCUGGGAAAAACUGCAACAAGGAGACAGGGAUUUGUGAAGUGGUGGUGGAUGAAAAAAGUGACUAUACAGCUGUAUUCCAGAAUCUUGGAAUCAUCCACAUUGCAAAGCGUGACACAAGGGAGAUAAUCAAACAACGAAAGCUUGAAGAGUUAAUGACUCUUGCCAGAGUGCGUAAGCCACAUCACAGCAAUGAGGAGAUCCGUCGUAGCAUCACCCCAACAGAUCUUAAAAAGAUUGAUGAGGAAGCAGAAGAGGAAGCAAAGAGUAUGGACCUGAACAAGGUGGUGCUGCGGUUCCAGGCUUUCCAGUAUGACAAGAACAUUGAGAGUUAUAGACCCAUUACUCUGCCUGUUGACUCUGAUGUUGUCUUUAACCUAAAGAAUGCCACUACUGGCGAGCUAAAGAUAGUGCGGAUGUCUGCAUGCUCUGCCCCCUGCACUGGUGGGACAGAGAUCUGGCUCCUGGUGGAGAAAGUGCGAAGAAACAAUGUCCAUAUCAAGUUCUUUGAGCUGGAUGAGAAUGACAGAGAGGUGUGGAAAGCUUAUGGAGAGUUUGCUGAUGCAGAUGUUCACCACCAGUAUGCUAUUGUCUUCAGAACACCACGCUACAGGGUUACCAAUCUGAGCACGUCCGUACGAGUGAAGGUACAACUUGAGCGCCCCACUGACAAAGACACAAGUGAGGCACUGGAUUUCACCUAUCUCCCUGACAGUCUGAAGAGGCCCCGAAUCAACCUUGAGAACACCUUGGAAGAAGGGAAGCCGCACUUCAGUGACCUGCCUCCUGCCAAGAGAUUUAACAUCAGCUCCUAUACAAAUGAGGCCAUUGAUCUCAGUAACAACACGAGGAAUGUAGGCCAAGAGGACUCGAUGCCACCACCUGACAUAAUUGAGAUGAUCAUUAGAAGUCCUGAGCUAACUGACACCAGUGUGAUGGGCCAUUAUGCACUGGAGGUGUCAAACCAGUCACCACAACAUGUCGUCCCCUCACCAGCAAUCCAUGGGGACAGCAGCAAUCAAGGCUUGUACUCCCCACUACACCCUGGGUCCACAGAAGUGACCUCCACCUACAGUAAUGUGCUGCAGGUACCAUCUCCAGUGCAGAUGUCCCCCAGCUCCCCACAGUACAGCAUGAUGUCUCCUGGAGGGGAAUCAGUUGGCUCACCUUCUUACCCUGGCUCUGGAGGAGUUGUAGUGACAACCACCCACUACUCUCAGCCAUCACAGUCACCUCAGUAUAUUCAAGCACCCUCACCAGGGAUGAUGGUGCCUUCACCUGGCUACCAGGAUCCUUCCCCUCAGCUCAUCACACAACAGCAGUUUUUACAGCAACAACAGCAGCAGCAGCAGCAACAACAACAACAGCAGCAGUUGAGACAAAUACAGCUUCAGCAGCAACAACAGCAACAGCAACAGCAACAGCAGCAGCAGCAGCAGAUGCUUAAAACUGAGCCUUUAGGAUCACAUGUGGUGCAGGGUGCUAGCAGUGCUUGGGAUGGCCUGCAGCAGGGAGGAGUCAUGAUGCAGCCCCUUACACAGCCACAGCCACAGCCAGUCCUUCAGGUUCCAGAGUACGAUUUGCCCAACUGCUUCAGUGUUGGUAACAUGGAACAGGAAUCCUCACUGAUGGAUAUCCUGGAAAUUGCUGGUGAACAGCUUGGCUUUGAAUCAGGAUUUACUAACCCAGACAUCAAGACAGAUUACGGUGGCAAGAAGAGUUCAGACUCUAAGAAGAAACUGAAGGAGCAACCCAUUGGCUCAAGUCCAUCUGUGGAUGCACUCAGCAAGAUGAUGGCAGAUGUCAGAGUGGACAGCUCAUCAGGAAACAGCAACAGGAGGAAUUUCCCCCCACAGCGGCCUGAAGGACAGUCUCAGCAACGACUGUCCCGAGAUGCAGAUGUGGCCUUCAGGGUGGCAGUGAGUGCUGCCGAGUGUCUCCAAGCAUAUGCAGCGACUGGGGACAUAUCGCUGCUCCUGGCAACGCACCGCUACCUCUUGGCUGUUCAGAAUAACCAGGGAGAUACAGCCCUCCAUACUGCUGUCAGCAAUAAGAACAUGGAAGCCUUCAACAAAAUUCUUAAAGCAAGUGAGAAAAUUAAUCCAAGAGACCUCCUUAAUGCCCAGAACUUUGCUCAUGAAACGGCCCUCCACCAAGCCAUCCGUGGCAAUGAGCUGACAAUGGUACGUCGCUUGGUGGCCACACCAGGCUGCAAUGUGAGUUUAGUGGACAGCCAGGGCAACACCCCCAUCCACAGUGCUGCUGGCCUGCAGGACCCUCAGUGCUUGGAUGCCCUCCUCACACAGCCUAUCAAUGGGGCUCGCUCUGCUCUCACCCAGGCCAUCAACAUCUACAAUUACCAAGGAGAGACACCUCUGCAUGUGGCUGUGGUGUCUGGCAGCCUGGAGUGUGUGCGGCGGCUGGUGGAGGCCGGGGCACAGGUACACCAUUGUGACCGUAAGAGAGGAGCAAACCCUCUCCACCUGGCUGCCAUGUUUGGGCGGAGGGACAUUGCCGCAUUCCUCAUUGAUCAUACGAGUGUGACUGUGGAGGCAGCCAUGUUUGAUGGCAACACAGCCCUCCAUCUGGCAGCCCAAAGCAGAGAUGCUGAGUUGUGCCGUCUCCUCAUGAGAGCCAAGGCCGAUCCUCAAGUCCGAAAUGCCCUAAGUAGAAGGAAAAAGUCCUCAGAAUCAGAAGAGGAAGAAGAUGAAGUUGAUGAGGAAGAGGAGGAUGAUUCUGAAGAGGAACAUCAAGGAUACACCCCGUUGGACUAUGCUGGAGAUGAUGAGGAGAUCCUGGCAAUCCUGCGUGGAGAGGAGCCUGUGGAGGUGCAGGCUGCAGGGGAGGUGUUGGUGGGGGAAGGCAAGAAAGAAGCUCCUCAGUACUCAGCGCUCGACUCUGGAAUUGACAUCUCUGUCACAGACAUACAGAGUUCAGAGCUGGCCUCUGAUGGAAGCCAAGAAAGUGCUGGGGAGCUGAGUGAGCGUACUCGAGGACACCUGGCAAGCCUCCUCAGCGGGGACACCUGGCAGCACCUUGCCCAGUUGCUUGACCUGGAGUUCCUGGUGCCAUGCCUGGGCAAGGAAGCCACACCAGCCCACAUGCUGCUUCAGCCGGAGAACAUGAAGGUUAGCUCGGCACUCUGGUUGUAAGCACCACCCACCAUAAUGUGAGGGGGUGUGUCCAUGGAGAAGCUGCGGGAGUGCCUGGAGGUGCUGGGCUUGAAGGACUGUGUCGCUGUGUUGGACCAGGCAUAGAUGAUACUAAGCUGUCCAUGUGUUGGUGGUAAACAAAAGUUGUGAGGCUGCAGCAAAUUCUGGGCUGAGGUGGGCAGCAGUCUGGACAAAUGAUGGAUGAUGUCAUGAAGGGGGUUGUAGAUUUGGUGGACAAAUGAUGGAUGAUGUCAUGAAGGGGGUUGUAGAUUUGGUAUAUUUGUAUUUUGAGAUUGUCAAGCAGCAAGGAGAGGAGAGGCAUGAGUAGCUCGGAGUUGUGCACCAUUCCCAAAGUGCAUCCUGAAAUGGAAAAUGCUUUCAUUAUGUUCAUAUUUAGAAUGUGGACGAGUAUAAUAAUUACCCAGAAUACUUUAAUUAGCAGGUAAGUUAUAAUAAUAGGAAUGAUAGGAAAAUUAAAAAUAUAGAUUUUUUAAAAUUUCUUGGCAUUGAUAUUAGUUCAACAAUAUGGUGUGAAGGAUGCAGAGGUCUUGUAUUACUAUCUUUGUUACCUGUUGAAUACUUUGAUGCAUGAUUAACAACACUGACUAAGUCAAAUAGUUGGAGAGGAUGAGUAGUGUCUUGAAAACUGUAACUCCACCCCCCCUCCUCCCCAGCUGGGGAAUCUUGGAGGGCGAGGGCAGUGCUGCUGCCUGCCAUGAGGGUGCACUGAGCUUGUAAGUUUUCUUGUACACAGACAUGCAUCACAAGAUCAAGGUUAUUACUAUUAUUUUAUGUAGAGUGAUUUUGUUUUCCCAGAAUAUGCUUAUAUUUUUCUAAUGUAAAAAUUGUUGAUAAUUCUUAAGAAUUAAGUGCAAGGACCACAGUGAACACUACAUUCCCUGACCGAACUGAGGUACAAACUUCCUGACGGGAUGUGGUUGGCACUGCAUCUUUUUAGAUUAAGUUAUACUGUGUCUUCCAGCACAAAGCUUGAGUCAUUACUGUCACACAUUUCUGGCAAUAUCACUGUGCUUGAGAGUAGCUGUAGAGGUGGUCAUGGCUGUCUGUUGUGGACAGGAAGCUGCCUUGCCACUUGAGAGAAAGAUCAGCUAAACUAAAUCUUUCUCUGAUGAUUAUUAUUAUUUGAUAAUAAAAAUAAAAAUUAUAUAUUGACCCUGUUCAAGUUUUAAGUUUUAUACAUGUACUAUUGGAUGGAACCUUCACAAGCCUGACCUGGCUCAGCAGUGUUGGUUGUGGUUCCCAUGGUGAAAACGGCGCCCCAUCACCUGCUGGUGUACACACCUGUGAUGAUGGUGAAAUAAAGCCAUUUUACUUUUGAA